GGACAAGCUGUACUAUCCACAUUACUGGACUGUGCAUAUUUUCACCUUGGCGUUCACGUGUUCACUUGCAUCACUAAGGCUCAUGUGACAUCACAGAAACUGCAAACUGAUGACAUCAUAAAGACGGACAUGCUUCCUCUGAUUGACUAGUAUUAUAUUAGUGUUAAUGGCUCAGAACACCGUUGUCUGCUUCAUUAAAAUCACUUAAAAGAGACACAAAUGAACAAUCGGCAUUUGAGUGUCAAGGAGGACGACCUCUAUUCGGGCUACAACGACUAUAAUCCACUUUUUGACUGCAAGGAGUUAGAAAACGAUGCCAGCUUCCAAGACGCAACCAAGAGCAAUCAGGGAAAAAGAAUACAUUUACAACCAUGUCGUACUCCCAUGCCAUCAGUAAGUCGACCAAUGACGGCAGCUGUGCAGAGUGGAGCAGCUCGCCCCAUGUCUGCAAUAAGUGCUGCAGGUUAUUCGUCCUCUCCCACACGAUCAUGCUCAAACUUUGAUCCUCUGGGCCAGUGUAGAGGCCCUGCACCCCCACUGGAAGAAAAGAAAGACGACACGCCGGAGGAGAAGAUCAAGCUCUUGGAGAAGAACGUGAACGACUUGAUCACAGAGAGCUGCAUGGCGCAAAGCAUGGGCAACUCGCAACUGGCUUUGGAGAAGGCCAGAGAGGCCGGAAGGAAGGAGAGAGCGCUGGGGAGACAAAGGGAACAGUCUGGAAACGCCGAGCAAAUCAAUGUGGAUCUCACCUACGCCGUGCUGCUCAACCUGGCUAACCAGUAUGAAAACAAUGAGAUGUACCCAGAGGCCCUGAACAGCUACCAAGUCAUCAUUAAGGACAAAAUGUUUGCUAACGCAGGGCGUUUGAAAGUGAACAUGGCCAACAUCUGGGUGAAGCAGAAGAACUACCCCAAGGCCAUCAAGCUGUACCGCAUGGCGCUGGACCACAUCUCGGACGACUACAAAGAGAUGAGGAUCAAGAUCAUGCAGAACAUCGGCACCGUCUUCGUGCUGCUGGGCAAGUACUCGGACGCCGUGGCGUCCUUCGAGCAGAUCAUGAGCAAGAGCGCCAACAUCAGGACCGCCUACAACCUGGUCCUCUGCUACUACGCCAUCCGCGACGCAGACGGCAUGAGGAACGCCUUCCACAAGCUCCUCGCCAUCCCACUCCGCGUGCAGCACGAAGACAAGUACAUCGCAGCUACGGACGACAUCAAAUCCAACAUGUUGUUGGAAGUCAUCAAGAACGACAAGCUGCACAAAAUGGAGAGAGACUUGAAAGCUCGCGCCGACAACUACGUAAUGACCUCUGCCAAGCUCAUCGCUUCGGCUAUCGAGGCUUCUUUUGCAGCUGGAUUUGACUGGUGCGUCGACUCGGUGAAGAACUCCCCUUAUGCGGAGCUAGCCAAUGACCUCCAGUUGAAAAAGGCCAUGACCUUCUUCAGACAGAUGCAAUUUGACCAGGCCAUGAAAAUUCUGAAGGAAGUUGCCAAGCAGGACAGCAGAGUCAAAAGCGCUGCAGCCAACAACCUCUCCAGCCUCUUCAUCCUGGAGAAGGACUACAAGCAGGCCGAGCACUACGCCGACCUGGCCAUGAAUGCGGAUCGCUACAACCCGGGAGCCUUCGUAUGCAAAGGCAACACGGAGUUCGUCAAGCAGGACUACGCCAAAGCGGCAGAGUUCUUCAAAGAGGCGCUGAGGAACGACUCCUCCUGCACCGAGGCCCUCCGCAACCUGGGUCUCACGUACAAGAAGCUGAAUCGUCUGGAGGAUGCGCUGGACUGCUUCUUGAAGCUUCACACCAUCCUCAGGGACAGCGCCGAGGUCAUGUAUCAGCUGGCUGACACCUACGAGCUCCUGGAGGACCCCCACCAGGCGGUGGAGUGGCUGAUGCAGGUGAUCAGCGUGGUCCCCAACGACCCCAAGGCUCUGGCCAAGCUGGGCGAUCUGCACGACCAGGAGGGGGACAAGUCGCAGGCCUUGCAUUACUACUGUGAGUCCUUCAGGCUGUUCCCCUGCAACAUGGAGGUGAUCGAGUGGCUGGCGGCCUAUUAUGUGCAGACGCAGCUGUACGAGAAGGCCAUCCACUACUUUGAAAGAGCCAUCCUCAUGCAACCAAGUGAGGUGCGGUGGCAGCUGAUGGUGGCCAGCUGUCAGAGGAGAAGCGGAAACAGUCAGAAAGCUCUCGAAACCUGCAAGGAAAUACACCGCAAGUUCCCGGAAGAUUUGCAAUGUCUCCGCUUCCUGGUGCGGCUGUGCCAGGACAUGGGCCUCAAGGAAGUCCACGAUUACACCAGCAAACUCAAGAAGGUGGAGAAGAUGAAGGAGCUCAGAGAGCAGAGAGCCAAAGCGGACCGAGAAGGAAGUACAAGAAAUAGAAGAACAGACAGUACAGACGCCACGACUACUGACGGUGUUCCCAAAGGGGAACGUGGGGUUGGGCCUGUGACGUCACUUCCCGCUUCCGGCGAGCCUUUUGAGACGAGCGGCAGCCCCAAAGAAUUGGAUGCGUCUUAUGCGGACCCACUGGGCCCCCUUGCCAACCAGCCCAGGACCGGAGGAGUGAAGAAGCGGGUGGAAGACGACGUCUUUCCCGGAGAGGACGUCGGAGACGAGCUACUGCCCGAUUAGAAAAGCACAUCAUUGU